CAAUAAUCAUGGUCAUGGUCAAAGUGCGGACACUUCUUUCAAUAUUUUUCAAAAUCAAAGAAGCAAUGUUGGAAAUUUAUGUUCUGAAUCUGGAAUAUGUUUUACCUUGAAACCAGCUCCUAGUAAUCAUAUGAAAAUUCAUACAGAAAAGAAAGUAUUUUCAUGUCCUUACUGUGGGAAAUGUUUUACUCAGAAAUCACAUCUAAUUAAUCAUCAAAAAAAUCAUACAGGAGAGAAAGCAUUUUCAUGUUCUGAUUGUGGGAAAUGUUUUACUCGGAAAUCAAGUGUUACUAUACAUCAGAAAAUUCAUACAGGAGAGAAAUCAUUUUCAUGUUCUGACUGUGGUAAAUGUUUUACUGCACAAUCAAACCUUAUUAUGCAUCGGAAAACUCAUACAGAAGAGAAAGCAUUUUCAUGUUCUAAAUGUGGUAAAUGUUUUACUGCAAAAUCAUCUCUUAUAAUACAUCAGAAACUUCAUACAGGAGAAAAGCCAUUUUCAUGUUCUGACUGUGGGAAAUCCUUUACUCAGAAAGGAAAUCUUAUUAUACAUAAGAAAAGUCAUACAGGAGAAAAAGCAUUUUCAUGUUCUGAAUGUGGUAACUGUUUUAUUCACAAAUCAAGUCUUAUUACACAUCAGAAAAUACAUACAGGAGAGAAGCCAUUUUCAUGCUCUUACUGUGGGAAAUCUUUUACUCAGAAAGCAUAUCUUCUUAUACAUCAGAAAAUCCAUACAGGAGAGAAGCCUUUUUUAUGUUCUGACUGUGGGAAAUGUUUCCUUCAAAAAUCUAGUCUUAAUAAGCAUCAGACAAUUCAUACAGGAGAGAAGCCAUUUCCAUGUUCUGACUGUGGUAAAUGUUUUACUCAAAAAUCAAGUCUAAAUAUUCAUAAGAAAAUUCAUACAGGAGAGAAGCCAUUUCCAUGUUCCGAUUGUGGGAAAUCUUUUACCCUGAAAGCACAUCUUGUUUCUCAUCAGAAAAUUCAUAUUAAGGGAAAUUAGAGCUUAACCACUUUAGUAUGUAAGGCAACACGGUCAUCAUCUGCACAAUGUAUAUAGUAAUUAUGAUUACAUGUCAUUCUCUGGAGGCUCACAUUUUCAGCUGUUUAAGGCCCCUUCGGCAUCUCAAGCUGUUAGGUGGCUGUUGGUGCUCAGGUGUCCCUUUACAGAUUUCAAUAGCCAAGUGAUCACAUGGUAUAAAAAAAUGUGUCUGAGUAGAAUUUUAUGGAAGGGAGCCAUUAUGUGCAGAUAAGAGUUUUAUUUAAAAAAAGGCCCUUUUAUUAUGUUUGAUAAAUUUUCUUUUAAAAUGUACAAGUAUAUACUGACAUGUUAGCACUCCACUUGAAAUCUAGCGCUAUGUAUGUAUUCAUUUGGAGCAGACUAUCCCAAGUAUUAUUACAAUUAAAAGUAGGACACUGUUCUAGGAAACAAAUAUAGACAGAAAUUGAGAAUAUACAAAUAUAUUAACUGGGGAAUUAUAAUAUAUUUGAAAUUAUUAUAUCAGGACACAAUACAAGGAAAAAUAAAGCAGUUUGAUAUAUA